AUGGAGGCAAAAGCACACGAUGGGUAUUCUGUAACCAGACCGCUCCUGCAUGGGGAUUAUGAGAGGCAACAAAAGAUUUACGAGGAGGAAGUUGAGGGAGUGACAAACUCCAUUGCUGGCACUACCUCCUUUUUCAAGACCUGUUUUAAUGGACUCAAUGCUUUAUCAGGAGUUGGAAUAUUGUCGAUACCAUAUGCAUUAUCAUCAGGAGGCUGGUUGAGCUUGAUACUUCUUCUCAUUAUUGCCAGCUCAACCUUCUAUACAGGCUUGUUAAUUCAAAGAUGUAUGGAUGUUGAUCCAAGUAUCAGAAGCUAUCCUGAUAUCGGUGAGCGUGCAUUUGGUACAACCGGAAGAAUGCUUGUAUCCAUUAUCACAAAUUUGGAACUCUACUUGGUUGCGACAAGUUUCCUAAUUGUGGAAGGGGAUAAUUUGUGCACCAUAUUACCAGACAUGGGAAUCAACUUUGCUGGGCUAAGAAUUGGUGGAAGACAAUGCUUUGUUAUAAUUGUUGGUCUCAUUAUACUGCCUACUGUUUGGUUAAACAACUUGAGCAUUCUCUCAUAUAUCUCUGCCAGUGGAGUUUUAGCUUCUGUCAUUAUCCUUGGCUCAGUUAUGUGGGCUGGCACAUUUGACGGUAUUGGAUUUCAAGAAAGUGGAACGCUUGUAAAUUGGAAAGGAGUACCUACUGCUGUUAGCUUAUACACGUUCUGCUAUUGUGCUCAUCCAGUUUUCCCCACCCUGUAUACUUCUAUGAGAAACCAAAGACGGUUUCCUGAGGUCUUACUCGUAUGCUUUCUCUUCUGUACCAUUAGCUACACGUCAAUGGCGGUCUUUGGGUACUUGAUGUUUGGUUCAAAAGUAGAGUCACAAGUAACAUUAAACCUUCCUACACAAAACAUUAGCUCAAGAGUGGCAAUAUACACAACCCUGGUCAAUCCCAUAUCAAAAUAUGCCUUGAUGGUUACACCAAUUGUCAAUGCAACUGAAAAUUGGUUAAGAUCUUACUACAACAAAAGAUCCUUGAGCUUUGUGAUCAGCACCACUUUGGUGAUCAGCACUGUCAUUGUAGCCCUGGCUCUCCCUUUUUUUGGGUAUCUCAUGUCGCUUGUUGGAUCACUUCUGAGUGUCACAGCUUCAAUUUUAUUUCCGUGCUUGUUCUAUCUGAAGAUUUCUGGAACGUAUAAGAAACUUUCAUUUGACCUAGUGAUUAUAUGGGGAAUUGUAGUAAUGGGCUUUUUGAUUGGAACCAUUGAUCAGAAUUGGAAAUCGAAGAUGUUUGCCAAGAACUGCUGGAAAAUGGAACAACUGUUUAGGAGAUCAGGAGUUAAUGGUUCAUUUCCUACCAGAGGAGGACAUUGCUGCACUUACAAGAGCUUAGUUACAAGUGCCGUCCAUGACAGCAUUCCUAGUUUGCUAUUUCAGUUUGCAAAGAGCAAUGGACACACCAAAUUUGGUAAAGAGAUUGAACAAGAGAUCAAUCAGUCAAGUGUCACCAAUCCAAGUUUUGUUUCGAUUUACUUUUCCAAAUUUGAAAUUUAGUUUCUAGGAAUUGAUAUCCUUUUAGGCUUUACUCAUCUUUAGUUUCAUCUGGUAUUUUUAAGAUUGUGUGUGAGAAUAAUAGUUCAGGCAGUGUAAUCCAC